CAGACAUUACGCACGCAGUUCUUGCAGUGUCCAGUUCCCGUAAAAAGUUUCCACUAAUAGAACUUUUGUUAAUAAUAAAAUAAAAUAAAUAAUUCGUGAACAUUAUCGUCAUUUGUUACGAACAAUUAUUGCUAAAUGACGUCACAAACAGUACAACAGUUUUUUGCAGAUUAUUUCAAAACAAUGUUGAUUAAAGGAUCAUAUGUCGACUUUUUGGAUCCUUCUUAUUUGGAUACUUCAGAUCUCAAAAAUUGGCCAUACCAACACUAUGAUACAUUAGAAAACAAUAAUUUACUGCAAUAUGAUACUGCUACUCUUAAUGGAAUUAUCAUGGAGAAUAAUUAUUUAAAAUAUCGCCUCCGAAAAACUCAAACCACGAAACUUUGUAAUGUAUUGGAUAUUCAAACUAGUAGUACACAAAGUCUAAAUGAAACUGUUAAUACGCAUUGUAAUAUUAGUAAAGAUAGUUCUAUUGGAUAUGGAGAAAGGAGUCUUCAAGAAGAUGAAAUUCCAAAGGAUUUUUUGCACGAUUUUUUAUAUUUGAUGGAAGCAACAAAACACUUACCUAUCAGAACUCAAAAUAUUGUUAUUUUACACUUUGCUGCUGAGCAUCGUGAACGAAUGAAUAAGUAAAGUACAGUGCUGAAGUAAAUUAGUUAUAUUAAAUUAGUUUAUAUUGUAACAACUUUAUUGUCGAUUCAUAUUUUUAUAUUAUUGUAAUAAAAAUUAUAUUCAAUGUUAAUUGAAAAUAUUAAUUUUUUUUUGUAUCUUUGAGUACUACAAGCAU